CACAAUUAACGCCGCCCUUUUUAAUUCCCCACUCUUUCGCUUUUAAACAAAGCGUCGCGAGCCUCGAGAUGCAUUCAUUGUAAGCCAACCGUUGCCGUUGCCGUGUACGUCCUCUUUUCCUACAACCGUCCAAUGCACGCAAGUAGUCUUCCCGCAGGAGGAACACAUGUGGUCCGAGUAUGUGAACCAGACCAGCGAGGCUUUUCCUUGCGAACAUUUAUAUCAUUUAACCCUGGCCUAGCUUCGCGAUGAAGUUCAAGAAGUUCUUUCGACGUAGCAAGAAGCCGUCGCAACAGCUUCAGCCACUUGACAUCCCUACUCGUGACGACUAUAGGAGAGAUGAGUACGACUUAUACAACACCCGCCAGAAUAAUUACCAGAAUAAUCGUGCCAGCCUAGACCCUCAGAGGGGUCGCGUAUUCGCGCCAUGGCUAGAGCUGCCCCCUCCUAUAUUGGAGAGGGUAUUCUUCUUCGUCUGUCCGCAUUGCUGCGAUGAGUCGUAUGAGACAUGCGAACAAAGCGCCUUGGAAGAUGCCUGCAUGCUCUGUGACCUGCGUGAUCUCUCCCACGCUGGCCAAGUAUGCAAGCGCUGGAGGGUAGCGGCCGUCAAGUCAAUGUACCAUAGUAUCCGUAUCGAUUCCGUGCAUUACUGCGAACGUGAGAUCGACCUCUCCGAGAAGCGGAAACGUAGGAGUCGCUUCGAUCGCAAUGGCCUCCCCGAGGAUACCGCCAGUGCUCGGCUUCAAUUGCUGUGCCGCUCCCUGCGCGAAGACCCAACCCGCCUUGGUAAGCUCGUUCAAUAUUUCAAGACGCCCUAUAUGCUACGAGAAUCGAGUAGCUCCACGUUAGCAAGGACCAUUGCUGUCUUGCCCAACCUCCGCUACGUCGACUUGCCCGAGGGGUUGUAUUGCGACGAUCCGGCUUACCAUACUCUCAAGCUCGAGGUACAGGCCCGCUGUCCUGACCUCAGGAAGAUGGCCUACACUGGUGGUAGUGAGCGAAGUUUGGAGGCGCUGAGCACAGGUGCCUUCUGGCAGAACCUCGAAGUAUUGGAGUUGACUAGGAUAAACAUGGAUCCGGCAGCGUUGCGCCACGUACUGACGGUGCUUCAGCACCUGCGGGCUCUAAAGGUGUCUGAUUGCAGGAUUAUAGAUGACGACAUGUUUAAGUACAACGAUGUGCUACCGGCCUUUCCAGCUUUGGAAGAAGUGAUCUUGAUAGAUACACCGAGAGUCACUUCCGACGGCCUUGUGGCUUAUUUGUCUAGGGGGGACACACAAAGGCGACUAAAGGUGCUGUCUCUAUCCAACACCGGUGUUCAAGCCCCUAGCCUUCACGCCGUGCUAGCGCUUGCUCCAAACCUGACGGCGCUCUCUGUUAUUGAUCAGGUAGAUUCAGCGUUUCCAUCUCACUCCGGGCCUAUCCCUCCCCUAGUCAAUUGGUCCUUACAAACCCUGCGCUACGAGAUUACGGCGUCGUCAGCUACCCCUUCCUACGUGGGUGUCACGACCGGUUAUUAUAACUACCUAGCUUCCUCCCUUUUCGCCGGAGGGCUACCACGUCUCUCCGCCGUGUACGUUCGCGAUCAAAACUUUGCAGAUCUCCUCCUUGGCCUUCCACCGCCCAUGCCCGGCUUCGCGGGAGGACAACAGCGUCCUAGCAGCUCAAGCAGCGCCAAUAUGUUCAACGUGGGAAAUGGCCUCCCCUCGCCGGGACUAACAGGAGGUUUUGGAAACAUACCGCCACGCUUCAGCUCCAAUAACCCCUUUGCCGCAGCACUCAACCCAUCACAGUUUAGGGCGCAGCAGCUCAAUCAAUCACUAGAAGUUUUUACGAAAGGAGAAGAUGACCUUGAUUGGGGAAGUAUUAGAAUGGACCCCUUCGAUGCCUAUAGCGGUGGGGGAAGUGGACACAGGGGCCACCGCAGCAAUGGCUCCCUCGGUGGCCGGCCCCUGAGUAGCUACGGCUUGGCGGAUAUAGGUUCUGGGUGGCAAGCCGGUGGAUCUCGAAAGGGCUCGCUUUCUCAGGCAACCAGCCCUACAAGCUAUCUGUCUGUGCCACGCGGUCAUGCACGUAAUGGAAGUACUGCAAGCUCGAGCAGCCUCAGAGACGACGCAUGGCCUCGGCCCGGCAGUAGCCACGGGAAGAAGAAGGGAGACCGAGACUUGUGGCGUUAAGUUGAAAAUUGAUCAGCAAACAAAAUGAAAAAAAACCCCCCAACUUUUUCCGAAGUCACCUGGAUGGACAAUAGCUGUUUGCCAAUCUCGGUGUCGGCAAAGUGUGUACACAAUUGAGCUUUUAAGUAGCAGAUAUCAAGAUUCCGGAGCUGGUAGUUAAGUCGGCACAGCGGGGAGGCGACGAGCGAAGCGGGUUGUCACUUAUGUGGUAUUAUGAAAUAGGGGUAAUGCUGUUAUGAUACCGAGAAUUGUUAGCUACAUACGUAGUGUUCAUUCUAUAUAGGAGGCUGGCCGCGAUUAUAUAAGUGCCAGAUUACAGGCACAUUCUUAGAUUAUACCUUUCCAACCUCGUAGCAGCGUGGGUAGUA